AAGGCUAUUAUUGAAUUUGAACAAAAUUAUGCCAAAAAACCCUGCCAUUAUAUUUCCUUGUUUAUAAAGAAAUUGGGGAUAUGUGUGUCUUAAGACGCAUCGGGCGUAUGUCUAAAAAUGCACAUACCAAAGUAACUCUUUGUUUUAUCUGAACAGGACGUGUGGUCAAAUAAAGUGCCUAAAUUUUUCAUGCCGUAAUUUCGCUGGAUACUGUGUCUGAACUAAGUAGUCUACGUCGCCCACUAAGCCGUGUGAUACAGACGUCGUCCUCCGUGCACGUCGUCUAACAACACGCCUACUACAGUUGCUCCCACCGCUGUCCACUGCCCUGCUGCGUCCCCGCUCCUCGCUGCUGCCGCUGCGCUGCUUGCCCUCAUUUCUAAAUGCAGCAGCGACCAUGACAGGCAUCGCCGCUGCUUCUUUCUUCUCCAACGCGUGCAGGUUCGGCGGCUGCGGACUCCACUUCGACUCCCUGUCCGAGCUCAUCGUGCACAUCGAGGACAACCACAUCGAUACAGACCCGUGUCUUCUGGAGAAACAGGAGCAGCAGCAGCCGACAUAUGUCGCCCUCAGCUACAUCAACAGGUUCAUGACAGAUGCUGCGAGGCGAGAGCACGAGGCCCUGAAGAAGAAGGUGCAGCCCAAGCUGUCUUUGUCUCUGGCAGGCAGUCUGUCGCGCGGCAAUGUUUGCACGCCGCCCCGCCACACCAGCGGAAACCUCACCCCUCCGGUCACCCCGCCCAUCACCCCGUCCUCUUCCUUCCGCAGCAGCACACCUACAGGUAGCGAGUGUGAUGAAGAGGAUGUAGAGUUUGAGGAGUCUGACAGUGAUGAAUCGUGGACCACGGAGAGCGCCAUCAGCUCCGAGUCCAUCCUCAGCUCCAUGUGCAUGAACGGAGGCGACGAGAAGCCUUUCGCGUGCCCUGUUCCAGGCUGUAAAAAGAGAUAUAAGAAUGUGAACGGAAUCAAGUAUCACGCCAAGAACGGCCACCGAACCCAGAUAAGGGUGCGCAAGCCCUUCAAGUGCCGGUGCGGGAAAAGCUACAAAACAUCUCAGGGUCUCCGCCACCAUACCAUCAACUUCCACCCGCCCGUCUCUACUGACAUCAUCCGCAAGAUGCAGCAGUAGAGACCGGGGAGUGACCGGGCUAUGUCAGAAACCAUACCACCACCACUACCACCACCAACACCACCAGCGAUGGCUGUGUCACUCCACCCCGUCCCUUUCAUCCUCCAACCUCAGCCCCUUUUCUUCCCCUCUGAUUCUAUUUUGCUUUAACACUAUUUUUUUGAUUGCAUGUUAUAAAUAUAUAAUUAUUCAACCCUAAUUUUUGUUUAGAAUGUCAAAUCUUUAUGUAGUUCAGUUUUGUAUUUUGCACAUUUAAGCUAUUUAUCCUCUCUUCGAGGAGCACACAGUGCUAGUUGCAGACUAGAGAAUGGCCGAGUCACAAGUAGCCUUGCGUAUACAGUGGAGGCUUUCUGUGUCAAAGGGAAGAGGAGGAAAGGUUUCAAUCUCCUCAUAGAGGACGGACGGCGGCACCAUUACCUUACCUCUGUCACGUCAAUCAGAGUCUCAUUUGCGGCUAAAAUGUGACGGGGGAAAUUGAAAAAUGAAUGUGCAUUAUUUAACAGUUGUACAUUUUUCAUUCUCAGUUAUUGGACUUUUCCCUUCAUAUCACAAGAAGUCAGCGCCCUUUUUGAACCAUUUUAAUUGCAAACACUCAUGUGUGUGUGUGUGCACUGAAAGUUUAUCUCAGGAGAUUUUUGCAAGCAUUUCAGCACCACGGUUCUGGCCAAGUGUUCUGAUAGUAUUCAUGCUGUUCAUGGGAAUGAGUCGUUUUCAGGACUUAAGCAGUUUUUUUCCGUGUUACUUUACAGUGAGAGAUUGAAGCACUUUUUGUGACAGUUGCCAAAUGAUUCGCAUUUUUUUUUUUUUUUGCCAAUAUCUUGUUUUUAUUGUGUAUAUAUACAGUGUACAUGUACAGUUGCAUGUUCUACAUUGCUCCAAGGAAAGAUGUACAUCAAUCCUCCUGUGUUUUAAGUGUUGUGAGAUUUCUGUAAGAACAGUAGUUGCCUUGAAUUGUAAACCAUUCCAAAAAUGUCUUCAUUUUGACAGCUCAUACCGAUUCAGCCGAAGGCAAACAGCCGGUCCAGACAGAUUGCUGUUCUCUGAUCCCCUGGUCUCAGAAAACCAAUUGUCCCAAGUCAUGGAUAAUAAGAAAAGAGGGGCUAGUGUUAGCCAUGUAUUUAGGACUUUAAUGCUCUCACUAUUCUGCUGUCAGGCUGUGAGAAACGCAUUCAGUCCAUACUUUGUGCCAUAGCAAUAUAAUGCCAGUCAUCUGUGAAGACCAAAUAAUAAUAGUUAUAAUGCAGAUAAAAAAAAUGCCACAAGACUAGGGAUUUAUCUACACUGAGCCAAUAACCUUCACAGCAUGGAUGUUAGUGUUUAAGGACAUGAGAACGGUGGCAGUGUUCAUGCUGCCUGUAUGGGGGGAAAAGUCUUUGAUAUAGUGUACAGUGAAUGUAUUGUCAUGUGUUAAGUGCAUUAAAUUAUAUUUUCAUAUGUUUCUGAAGUUAUAUUAAAAAAAAAGGAUAUACUAUGCGUGAAAAUGUGUAUGAAAAGACAAAGCCAGAGGUGAUGUCGUACUGUAUUUCUUCAAAAAGCUGCUUCAUGUAAACUUUUGUUACGUUUAGAAUAAAAGUUCCUCUGUU